CUCCAAGGCAGAAAGGACGAGGCGCCACGACGACCUCCAACGCUCUCCUCAGGCGCCCAGUGAUCUCCCUAAUCCGCGAGGAGGAGGGGGAGGAGCCAAGGCGACCAGUAUGCUAAAUAAUUGCGUUUCAUUUGCAUAACCGUCGCAUGGCUGAUCUGCGGAUUGGCCAGCGGGGGAAAAGCAGCUCGCGCAUCUAACCCCCCUCUGCCGGCCGCUUCCCCCCCCCCCCGCUCGCUUUUCCGAAGGAGGCGUGGCCAAAGCGAGUGGGAGGAGAGAUCGGCCCUCAUUUGCAUAACGGCCCAGCGCGUGCUGUUGGCUGUGCGCGCCUGGUGUCCUCUUUUUUUUUUUUUUUUUUUGAACCGGCGGCAGAGGCAGCAGCAGCAGCAGAGGCGGAAGCGGAGGCGGACGGGAGAGCUCGCGGGCAGCGCUCUGGCGGCGGGGAGGAACUCAGGAACCCAGGAACCCAGGGUCAAAAUGGAAAGCAGUGAAGAGCGUCAAAGAAAAGUGUUCAAGGCCCGCAAAACUAUGAGAGCCAGUGAUCGUCAACAGCUUGAGAGUGUAUAUAAAGUGAAGAAGGAGGAGCUUUUGAAAACUACAGACAUUAAGUUGCUAAAUGGGAAACAUGAAAAUGGGGAUUCAGAUCUCAGUUUGUCUUUAUUCAAUUCUGAUUGUCCUGAGGAUAAAGCAGUAAAUGGUAUAGAGGAUUUAGGACUAGACUCUGAAGAAGUAAAAAUGGAUUCUGAAGAAAUGAUUGGUACCAAAAGUCCAGACAUCAAAGAGAACCAGGCUGAUGACCUGACUGCCAGACUUGAAAUAACCCCCAAACUUCCAGCUGUGUGCAUUGAUUCUGACCAGGUUCAUGAGGAUACCAGCACUACUUUAGACACUGUCCCAGAAGGCCAAGUACUUGAUUGUGAUAAAGACAAAAAGAUCCAAGAAGAGAUUAGUAUAAAAAAUGAUUUGGACCACAACAACCCUUGUGGAAAGGAUGACUUGGACCAGAAAGCCAUGCCAAGUGAGCCUGAAGUAAAUUGCAAUGUUAAUGAAUAUGUGGCAGAGCCAGUAGAAACAAAGGAAUUAGCUCUUGCUCCUGAUAUAGUUGUGGAAGAAGAAAUGAACACAGAAGAAACUAUUCUCAAGGAUAAUAUUGGCGAAGAAGCAAUAUCUAGCAGUUUGGAUACAGAUGUAGGCCAAAAAAAUGAUGAGGCCCAUUCUGAAGAGCUUACAGAGAGUAGCGUUCAAAAAACUAUCGAGGACGAAGCAGUUGAGAAUAUCUCGGAAAAUGUAGCCACCAUGGAAACUGAUGAAAUUAUUCCAAUUUUGGAAAAGCUUGCCCCAGCAGAUGAAUUGAACAAUUUCUCCAAGUCCAUCUUGGUUCCAGUGGAAAAUUCUAACUUGGAUGCUGAGGAUAAAGUGGAAAACUCAGUAAAUUCCCCAUCCAAACCUGAAAGUACUGAAAGUUUGCCCAAAGAAGCUUUCUUAGUGCUUUCUGAUGAAGAAGAACUUUGCUGUGACAAAGAAGCUGAAGUGAUAGCAUCAAAUCAUGCAAGCCAUUCAGAAGAUAAAGAGGAAGAAAAAGAAAAGGAACUGAACAAGGUGGAAGAAAAAGAACAAAAUGAGGAAGGAAAUCUCACAGAAAGAAGUGAAUUAUCAAGAAGAAAGCGUUCCAAGUCAGAGGAUAUGGAUAGUGUCCAUUCUAAGCGUUGUCGAAAUACAGGGGAGGAAUAUGAAGCAGAACUUGAAGUAAAAAUUACAACGCGAGGAAAUGUUCAACAAAAUAUAGAAAAGAUCAUCCAUCGGUUUCUAGAAGAGAAGUUCAGUGCCCUGCAGUGUGCUGUAUUUGAUAAAACUCUAGCAGAUUUGAAAACCAGAGUGGAUAAGGUUGAAUGUAGCAAGAGACAUAAAACAGCAGUUACUGAAUUACAGGCUAAAAUUGCAAGAUUGACAAAAAGGUUUGGAGCAGCCAGAGAAGACUCCAAAAAAAAGCCUGAAGAUCCACAUUCCCCAGGAAAAGCAGUCAGUGAUACAGGUGGUAUCAACAACGCACAGUUUCGAAAUGCUGGCACAGUAAGACAAAUGCUUGAGUCCAAGAGAAAUGUGGGAGAGAGCACAACAAAUACAGUGUCUGCUACUACUAUUACUACACCUCAAACACAAAUCAGCGGACAUACCAAACCACUAACACCGAUCACCUGUGCACCUGUUAUUCCUGCACCUAACACAGCAACAGUAGUUGGCACAAACCAGGCAUCUGGUGGCAACACACAGCCAAUGUCUGUUUCUCUGCAGUCCUUGCCGGUAAUAUUGCAUGUACCUGUUGCAAUGUCUUCCCAACCUCAGCUUCUGCAAGGCCAUACUGGCACCUUGGUUACAAACCAGCAAUCUGGCAGUGUUGAGUUUAUUCCUGUACAAAGCUCAUCUAAUGUUGGUAACCUAACCAAAACUCCAUUGGCUUUGCCAUCGGCUAAUUCAGCAAAACCCAACAACAGUCCUUCUGUACCCAACUCCAGUAUUCAAAGGAACUCUCCAGCAAGUGUUGGCUGUUCAAUAGGAACAACUCUCGCAGUACAAGCUGUCUCAGCAGCACAUCCUGUUGCACAAGCUACAAGGACUACUUUGGCUACUGUAACUACUUCAGGGAUCUAUACUCCUCCCACCAGUAGGAGUAACAUACAAAUGAAAAUCCCUUUGUCAGCCUUCAACCAUUCUGUUCCUUCAGAAACAAGCACAGCAGCAAUAUCUAGAAUUGAAAAUCAAGCACCCAGGUUGCUGCCACAUCCACCACCUCCUCCACCACCACCACCACCACCUCCUCCUCCAACAGAAACUUCAUCCAACAAAAAAGCAUCUGAGGUUGCAUCACAGAGUGGUAAGGCCCCAGGAGGAGGAGUAAUUGAUCUGACACUGGAUGAAGAAGAUGCUGCCUCAUCUCGGGAUGGAAAGAAACAGAACCAGCCUAAUGUUUCUGGAAUGAGCCUGUUAACUCAGUCGGUAGCUCGUCCCCUGCAACCAGUACAGACAAACCCUCCCCAACAAGCAAGUGCACCAACAAAUAGCCUACCACAGACCACCAUACACGUUUUACCCACAGCCCAGACAAAUAUGAAUGUAACCCAUCGCCCAGUGACUCAGAUUGCUCCCAGGCUCCCAAUACCAAGGAACCCUGGUAACCAUCAAGUAGUCUAUACUGCUGUUCCUGCACCAUCAGGGCAGAAUCCUGUGCGAGCCCCUGUUAUGCAAAGUCCCGGUUUAAGACAGGUCAAUCCACAAAAUUCAGGUAUGACGGUUCGAGUGCCUCAGACAACAGCAUAUGUUGUGAACAACGGGCUAACCUUAGGAUCUGGGGGGCCCCAGCUCACAGUACAUCAUCGGCCACCUCAAGUGCAUUCAGAGCCACUGCGGCCUGUGCACCCAGCCCCGCUGCCAGAGGCCCCACAGCCAUCACGCUUGCCUCCUGAAGCUGCCAACACCUCUCUGCCUCAGAAGCCACACUUGAAGUUGGCACGUGUGCAAAGUCAGAAUGGCAUCGUACUCUCCUGGAGUGUUUUGGAAGUGGACCGAAGCUGUGCCAGUGUUGACAGCUAUCAUCUGUAUGCAUACCAUGAGGACCCCAGUGCCACUGUGCCUUCUCAGUGGAAGAAGAUUGGGGAAGUAAAGGCCCUCCCGCUGCCAAUGGCAUGCACACUGACACAGUUUGUGUCUGGUAGCAAAUACUAUUUUGCAGUGCGUGCUAAGGACGUCUUUGGGCGCUUUGGACCCUUCUGUGACCCACAAUCAACAGAUGUCAUUGCUUCCCAGAGCAGUUAAACUUGAGACUUUGAAGGCUUCCAUUCUUGCUCCUCACCUGUGGCUUACUCUGGUUUUGGGUUUAUUCUCAUGCAUGAAAUGUGCUGUAAAAUACCAUCUUGCAGGAUUAUUUUGGACAGCUAUGUCAUACACUACGAAACUUAUCUAUCCAAAACCAAAAUAAAUUCCUAGCCUGCAGUUUGGAGAGCCUGUAUUGCUGGUGAAAUCUUGAAGUACAAAAUCUUUACUCCUUCCCUUACAAGCUAGUCUACAUGCAAAGUAGAGAUCUGAUGUUUAUCAAUGGAUUAAUCAAGAAUCUCAAGCUGUGAUACAAAGGCAAAGAAAGUGUUCAGUUGUCAGAUUAAGACGGUAAGCCAGGAUUCAGGGUCUUGCUGUCUUUUGUUCAGGAACAGUAACCAGUCUUACUUUACAAAGCAUCAUCUACUUUCUAGAGAGCAAAGGACUUUGUGUGUGGCCAGUUCUUGAAGAAUGUAUUUGCAUCUGCUUAUUUGAGCAGAACUGGGGAAGAGUGAACAGUACUACAGCUAGCUCACUGCUCACCACCAUAGCCAGGGGCAUUCUGAAGUUAGACCAAAAACAGGUUUGUAGAAAACUUUGUUUGAAUUUCCAGCCCUCCCCUGACCCUCCUCUUAAGGUCCUUCUCUUUUUUUAAACAAACAUUUAAUUUGUGCCUUAAACAAUAAGUUUGAAAAUAAAUGCAGCCACACUUUGUGCUUUCCUCCUGCUUUUGCCCUCUUUCCUUCUCUUCUUUUUGCUAGACCCAGAAUGUCCUCAUCUCUCCUUAUAGAGUUUGAAGACACAUAGCACCCAGCUUUCUUGGGUUAAUUCCCAGUUCAUUCCAAUCAAUAUUUUAAGUUCAUUGUUCUGAGUAAUCUGUGAAAGUAGGUUACAGUUGACAGCUUUUGGCUUGGAUCAUGUUCUUUCUAGAAGAUAUAGACCGGUAGCAUCAAAGAUCUCUUUCUCUUCACUUACACACAAAUACUUGAGGUGCUGUGCAAGACCAAUUUGACAAAACUCUUAAUGAAAGCGAUCAGAUAAACUCCUGAUCUAAUAUUUACUCCUUUCAGUAGUGGAGUCAAGGCAAUAGAAUAGUGCCUCUGCCUGGUUUCAUCCAUCACACCAGGAGAUAGUCUCAGAACAAAUGCCUAAACCACACCUUUGGACUUUGAACCGUCUUCCAGAGGAAAGUAUGGCACAUCUGUUGUCAUCCUGGCUUAUCAGCUCCAAUGGUGGGGAAGGCUCUUCUCAAGUGAGUUGAAACUGAAAUGGAAGGUGCAAAAUGGGGACACACUGAUGCUUGUUGGUAUUUUGUAUUUUGGGAAGACAACAUUUACUUCAGUUUCUGUGAGAAUAUACACUGAGUAAAAAUCGUUGCAUUUUGCUGUAUGGUGCAUCUUUUGUCCUUGUCUGCAUUGCAUUCCAUUUGAGCGACACAAAACAUCCUCUCUUUAGCUUGCCUGUCUAAUGGCUCUAGUUGAGAGAGAGAUUUGAACUGGCUGCAUUCCUUGCUUGUUUUUUGUGAGGAAUACUUUCAAUCUCAAGCAGUAAGUAGACAGGAGACAUUGCAGUGGUUUGCCUCUUUCUGAAUAAAGGCAUUUGCUUUUUUGCAACCAAUGUAAGCAACCAAUGAGAUAAGUAAUAUGGCCACUGUAAAGAUCAAUUUUUCCUUAGUUUGGGAGGACUUUCAAUACCAGAAUUAUUUUUUAAAAAAUACAAUUCUAAAAUAAAAUGCUUGGCAUUAGAAGCACAUAAAAUAUGGUGUAUUUUGAGUUUGAAGAGAUUAAAACAAAGGGCAUUCCACUCUGUUGUUGACCUCAGCAAUCUCUGUUAUAUGUAUCCAAAGGCGUUAUAUUGUCUGCAUUGGAAGAAAGUGACUAUUCCUCUUACAUUUUAUUGCACUCAGAAAAUAAAAUCAACCCUGAAUGCAGUUAGAAAGGAAAGUGGUUUUUAAAGGCUGCAUAAGUAACUCAUUUUGUAGUGGAGUACAUAGGACAAUUAAAAAAAAUUAAUUUUCCAUGAAACUGAAAUAAAUUAUAUUUGCUAAAUAUACCUAGAAAAAACGUAAAUUUGGGAAAUGUACAUCUACAUGUUUAGUGUUUUACCUGAGAGAGAGCAAGCAGGUAUUAACAGUUAAAGCUUCACUUUAUUGGUUUUUAUGACACCAUUCUUCUUUGAAUCAAAUGAAUGUAGGGCAGGUGCAACUACAUUAAAAAAAAGUUAAAUAAGGACAUAGUUUUGUCUUCAGAUUUCUGAACUAAAGAGGGAAGUACACUUUCUGGAAUGGAAUGGGAGAACUCACACUUUUGCAACUUUACAAUCUUGUAUUUGAUGCCAUAUUUCUUAAUUUUUGCCCAAAAGCAGAAGUCUGAGUUCAUCUGGCUAAGAACAGGUAUUUGAAAAUAGUAUUUUCUUUCUCUCUAUAAGUAUUCUAAACUAAACUGGCUUUCAUAAUACAGAAGUGGAAGCAGAAUUGAUUUUUACUAGUUUUUGCUCAUUUAAAAUCAUACAUCCUACUCAGCACUUUGAAUAUAUUAUUAAUUAGGAAGGAACGGCUUAUGAUUUUUAAAAAAAUCUUGAAAAAGGAGUUCAGGGAGAGAUUUCAGUGUCUACAUUGAACUGUACCAGUAUUUGUUUUUUCCCACCAUACUAUGCUUUUACUAUAGUAUAUGGUGGGCACAUGCUUGAAAAAUCUGUUUUCUACUGUUGUCAGGCUGCUUUUACAUGCAAAACAGUUUGUUCUUUCAACCCAAAUUACAUUAUUGUUUUACUCUUUAUAUUUAAUAUGUUAGAUUCCAUCUUCUGGUUCAAAAGAAUUUCUAUUUAAGAGGAAAAGAUAAAAGCAGAAAGUGUUUUAUAUUCAAAAGGAGAAUGCGGAGGGACAGUUACUGGUGCAUUUAAAUUUCCUUGUAGUUUCUGAUUCUUAAGGUAUAGCCAGAAAUCCUGUACUGGAAGUCAUAUGUCGUAUUGUAUGUCAAGAACUGUUGAAGUAUCAAGGCUAAUUUAAGGGUGACUAUUCAAACAUUUUGUUAGAGCUAUAAUUUGCAAACAGUUCAAAGAAAAAAAAAUAACAUAACUGUUGACUUUGAGAGCAUGAGGAAAGAUUGUGAGAUUACAACUUUUGUAGUGAAAGCAUUUACUCUGGCUCACUCUUUCAUGCAUAACGCUUUGUCUAAGAGAAUCAGUGUUCCAGUGUGUCAUUAGCUUUAAACCUGGGUCUCAGAGCGGCCACAUUAACGAUGUUAGAACUGCAACUGCAAUACAUAAUGAAGCUGGGAAAAUGACCCCUUAGAAUGCCUUUAUUAUUCUGAGUCAGAGGCAAAAGUACACAGGUAUUUGUAUAUGACAACUUGAUUCUUUAAAGAUACUUCUCUUUUUCCCUUUGGGGUGUAUGAAUAUGAAAACGGUACUAAAGUUUUGGCAUCACAAAGGAGGUUCUUGUAUUGCCACAAACAAGUUAUUCCAUCGUUCCUGUAACUAGUUUCAUGUUAAGAAGAGUAAAAUGUACAAGUAGGUAAAAUAUAAAUUAUAAUGUGUUUGAUCAAUAUUUGACAACACACUGAUAGAUUUCUUACUGAACUGUGCUGGCAUUUUCCUGUUUAAAAAUAUAUUUUAAAUGCUGUCUGCCCUGGAAAUUUUAUCUGUAAAUAAAGUGAUCAGGCAGCCAGAUCUUGGGCUACCUGCUGAACUUGUUAACUUAUCAGCCAUUGUAAACUCCUACAAACCCCUUUCUAUAAACUUGCACUCUUUUUUCCUUUUUCUCCAGAUGUGAACAUGUAAAUAAAGAUGAAGUGUGACAUACCAAGAAGUCCGGUAUAAGCAGGGCAAUGACAAGUUCUCCUAACUUUUGUAUGCAUUGUAGAUUAGUGUCUGUAUACGUGUUACUUGUAGUGGAUUUUUGUCUGACAAGCCUGAGAUUUAUACUUUGAAAUAAACUACUGGGUUUUUAA